AUGGCAGCUGUCCCAAUAAGCUCAUCACUGGCGAGUACUCAGAUGACCAAUACCUCACCUAGUAAGCAGAUGUAUAGUUUCUCAAAGAGUAACAGGUUCUCCCAGUCAAAGAAGGGCCAGUGCCAGGAAGUAGGGUAUACCUUACCCUCUACUUUUAGCAAACGGUCUUCUUCUUUUGGUCACGGCCCCAAGCUGGAUGAGAAUUUUGGAAAGAGUUUUGUACCUCCUCCAGGAGCAUAUAAUACUAUUCAUUCUGAUUUUUCAAGGCUCAAACCUCAUCUUCCAAGUUUCUCAUUUGGAGCAGGAAGAGGGGCAUAUGAGAAGACUUCAAUCAGAGAUGUGAAGGCCAGGGAUAAUCCUGGGCCUGGCCAAUAUGUAGUUCCAAGUUCUUUUACUCCUAAUACUAAGGAUAAAAGUUACUCUCUGAAAGGAAGAGGUAAAUCAAUGCAGGAUUUAAUGAUACUUAAAAAAAAAGAGUUGCCAGGCCCAGGCCAGUAUUCUCCUAAAACUACAUUGAAUAAGGAUGGGGUAUAUAUCUUCUCUCAUAUGAAAAACACUGGCUCUCUGACCUUCAGACCAUCGGAAAGAUUCAAAUCAAUCAGAAGCUCACUCCCUGGACCUGGUCAAUACAAGACUCCUUCAAGCAUCAGCACAAAGGGGAAACAUUUCCUCUCUACUUUCAAAAACACUGGUGUUGGUCUCUUCGGUCACGGAAGAAGAGACAAUGAACUUCUAAAACCCUCCAACACUCCAGGUCCUGGAUGGUACGAUCUCCCCUCAGAACUCGGCUACACCUCAAAACAUCUCAUAAAUCUCGCUACAGCCAAGCUCAAAAAACUCCGUUCAAAAAAUUCCAAAAAUUUUAAAACAAAGUAAAAAUCUCAAAUUUUCCAAAUUUUAA